UCCGUUUCGGUUUUGAUAAGCCCUUUAUGACUGCAGUCCGAUGCGGAUUGGAAAGCAGCAGAAAGGGAAGUAAAAGAACAAACAUGUUGAGUUAUUGAGGCAGGAAAGCAGAGAGAAGGAAAGCAGAGAAUGUGAGAUAUUCAUUGUACAAGUUGAGAUAUUAAACAGAAAUGUAAACAUCUCACUCUCUGCUUGAAACGAGGACUUUAAUGCGAGAGAGCAGCUUCCUGGUUUGUGUUGAAGAGAGAAAUAAAGAGAGCAGGAGAUACAAGAAACACGGAUCAGCAGCAGAGAGGAAAUGGAGCCACAGCAGAGCAAGGGCUCCAUGGUGCGUCACAGGGAACACGGUGACGAGUCCGUGGACAAGAGGCCGACCGACGGCUUGGCGUCCCCACCCGAUCCAAAGAGGCUGAUCAGACGAGUGAAAAGUCCAACCAGGCCGAGGGCGUGGCUGUCCAAUUCUUACAAGCCGAAGUUUGGAGGGCGAUUCCACCGACCUCAUUUUCAAAGAGAGGACCACUCAUUCUACAAACCGGGCUUCGCCAACCAGAGGUACCACCACUUCAACCCCCACGGUUACUUCCACCGGAGGGAUCAUUUCCAGCCCAAACUGCACCACAUCGCGCUGAAGGAGAGGGAACGGGUGAAUAAGGAGCGGUAUGAAAAGAGGGAGACCGGCGAGGGAAGUUCACCUCCAAAACAAAACAACGCGACCAGACCUUUCUUACCCCGUUCCACUUCCACCAGAGACAAGGACAUGCAGUUCAUCAACGACAGGAACCAAAACAGGGAGAGAGAUCACACGAGGAGCAAAAGCAAAGAGAGAGAACGAAGCAGAGACGGGGAGCUUCCUUCAACCGCCAGCCAGCCGGCAACACGAGACCGAGCCAUCCAACAGAAGAGGAGAGAGAUAGAUGAGGUGUACUAUCAGGAAUGUGAAAUGUUCGGCCUUGUGGCGAAGAUGCUGAUAGCAAAGGAUCCCACCCUGGAGAAGUCCAUCCAGUCCGCCCUGCAGGAGAACCUCAGGGACAUCGGCAAGCGCUGCGUGGAGGGCAUGGAGAAAUUCAUAGAGGAAUACGACUCCAGGGAGAAGUCUCACUAGUCAGAGACACACAGGCUUCUCUACCACGAUUGUACUGGUAUUAUUUUAUAACAUAAAUUAUUUUACAAUACUAUUUAAUGUGAUUAAACGCUGCUUUUGUUGUUAUCUCCGACAUGAGAAUCGUGUGAGCGCUCGCGUGUUGUAUGUGCACCUCUGUGUCUGUCCACAUUCCCCUGCAGCAAACUGAAUAAUUUUUAUUUUUUGAGCUGCACACUUAAGGACCUCUCAUGGUUGCUGUGACUCACGCUUGCUCAAAGCAGCUUUUAUUACCUGUUUGACAGCCGGUGAGUGACUGCUGACUCCUUACUCACUGCUCUUAAACAAGGAACUGCAAGUGAUAACACAGCUGAGCGAUUGCAGCCGGCGGAUCGAGCAGGUCGGGUCAUAAAAAUUAACAUUCUGAUUAAUAGCAGAUGGGUUGCAGGUGGGUGAAAUAAUACAUAAUUUAUGAGGAAAUGAUUACUUACAUUCCGUAAAAUGUGAACGUAGCAGAGCUGCUGUCACUGCUACUCACUAGACGCUGUGCAGAUUUAUUUACAAAGAAAAGCAGCAUAACUGCAUUAAUAAUCACAGACACUAAAAGUUUAGCCAACAACUGACCAACAGUCUUUAGUUUUGCUUCUUAAAUGUCCCACGUUAAUUACUGCAGUGACAUUCCUGCGUGCAUGGAAAUAUUACAAUUACCCAAAACAGCCUCUCUAAUUUUUUAAGUUAAUUGCUAAAAGAAAACAUUCAUAGGCGUACAUCAAUAUCCUACAAAACCCAAUUUAAAAAGCAACACAGGAAAUGGUAGAGCGGGAGUGAAAUGUCCAUGCGAGGGUUUCUUAAUCAGAGGAAAUAAUUCAUUUAGAUGGGUGGCAGGUGGAUGAUUUAUGCGCACAAGCAGAUUCGAAUGUCGUCAGAGCCGAUCCGCACAUCUGUAGCGACCACAGACACAUCAGGGGAAAACCUUAGACUGUAUGUCAAUGGGGGAAACAGUUUGCUCACUUUUAUUGUUUUGGACGACACAGCUGACAAUUGUGGACUGUAUUCAUUCAAUCAUGCAUUCCAACAGUGGUUGUUGCAGACCUGGCGGAAAUCUACACUCCACUGAAUACACCUUUCUGGUUGUUUUUUUGUAUUUUACUCUAGAAGUUAUAAGUUCUGAUAUUAUUUUCUGCUAUCGGCCUUUAUGGUUUAGCAUCACCAGUGAAAGAAAUGUAAAGUAAAAAAUGUCUUGUGAUUUGGAGAUUUGAUACUGCUUUUCAUUUUAAGAAUUUGAUGAUUAUGAUGAAAAUAUACACUGAAUGUUUUGCUUAAAUAUUGCGUAUGAAGAAAUGAAAUUGAUUGCUUAUUUUUUUUAUCAUAUGUAUUUCAGUUUCUUAAGUUUGUUUACAGCAUAUUAAACAUAUGGUGAACAUAUUUUCAGUGGCUUAUUCAUGGCUAUAUGGGCAAGACAAAAUCAAGCAAUAGCAUGAAUUUAUGAAUGGGUCAGUGGGUGAGUAGGACAGUGAGUAGGGUUUGUAGAAUGAAGAAGAAGUCAUUUUGAUGUUUGACAUAAAGCCGCAAAGAUACAUCAGCACGGCCGAUAUUGGCUAAUUAUAGAACAUCGUUAUCGGAGUAAAUGUCAGCCGAUAACAGGAAAUUGCUGCACAGAAAUGUCAAAGAUAUGUUUGAGGUUAUUCAGGAACACACCAGACCGACCGGUUUCUAUUUCAGUCGUGAAAUCUUCUUCUCUGAUCAUAUCUUGGUCACAAUUCUUAAAGGGACACUCCACUGGUUUUACACAUGAGGUUCAGCUUACUCAUCAUAUUGAUGUCUCGGUUUAACCUGUGAAAACCGCUGCAUAAAUUCUCCUGCAGCUUUGUAGGAGCUUUGUCAAGUCUGAAAAUAUAACCCCUAUGAUGUCACAGUGAUGUCAUCAGGGUUAUUUCGGCUCAGGCUUUUGGGACUAUAAAUCCAUGACAGAAAUCCUGAGUUACAAACUGGAGGUGUGGAGAGAAAGAUGUGUUUACCAGGCAUGGAGGGUCUCAUGAAAGAUCCUAUCCAGUUGCAUUAUGGGAAUUGUAGGACAUAACUUUAGGUAUCCUUAUAAAAAUGUGUGUUUAUGUUAAGAAACCAAUAUUCAAUGAUUUAUUGUUAACAGUUUGUUUCUGUUAUUAAUGUCUGUAUUGGCUCGUAUGUAAGUAACAUUGCUACUUUUGAAAGCCACUGACAUUUAAAUUGCUUUUCAGAUAUUUAAUACAGAUUUUCUUUGGUCGGUCCACCACUGGUCCAGACUGAAAUAUCUCAAUAAAUAUUUUAUGAAUUGCCA